AUGUUAAAAAAAUGGUAUAACAAGAAUAAUAUUAAUUUCAGUUAUAUCUCUAACCCACACCCAUGUUAA